ACUUGUUCUGAAACUCAGUCAUUGGUAUAAAAUACUCUUAUGAUGACAUUAUAGGAAUCUACAGCAGAGCUUUCCGGCCUACAUCAUCUCCACAUUGAUUCCUUCAGCCCUGUCAGGCCGUGAGUCACCUCUCCUGGCCUCCAGACUCCUUCCGUUACCCCAGGCAGCAAUGCUCUGGGUGCAGUGAUGGGCAAAGAUCAGCUUCUGCAACCAGACUUCUCGUCUUUUAGAGAUUCCUCACCUUACGGGAAUGUGCCCUGGCUUCUUUGUUUGCUCUGGCUGUUCCAUCCCAGCUGAACACUUUUUUGGUCUUUUCCUCUGUGAUCUCUUUUCACUUGACAGCCAAUUGAAACUUUUGUGUCUACAGGUCCAGUGUGAUAGUAAUAGAUGGGAUAUUGUGAGAUUCUGUGGAGGCCACGAUAUCUGAGUUUAUUUUUUGGCAGCUGUUUACCUAAAAUAUUUUCCAGGUGGUAUGCUUAUAGGAGUUCACUUAAUUUGUCUGUAUUCUUGGUGUUUCAUCUUGGGAAUUUUGAAUUAAGCUGUACAAGCAAAGUACGUAGGAAGCCUGGAUGUGCCGAGGCCCAACAGCAGGGUGGAGAUUGUGGCUGCCAUGCGUCGGAUACGGUUUGAAUUUAAAGCCAAGAACAUCAAGAAGAAGAAGGUGAGCAUUAUGGUGUCAGUGGAUGGCGUGAAAGUGAUUCUGAAGAAGAAGAAAAAGCUUCUUUUAUUGCAGAAAAAGGAGUGGACGUGGGAUGAAAGCAAGAUGCUGGUGAUGCAGGACCCCAUCUACAGAAUCUUCUACGUCUCUCAUGAUUCCCAAGACUUGAAGAUCUUCAGCUAUAUUGCUCGAGAUGGUGCCAGCAACGUCUUUAGGUGUAACGUCUUUAAAUCCAAGAAGAAGAGCCAAGCCAUGCGGAUUGUCCGGACGGUGGGGCAGGCCUUUGAGGUCUGCCACAAGCUGAGCCUACAGCACACACAGCAGAAUGCAGAUGGCCAGGAAGAUGGGGAGAGUGAGAGGAACAGCGACAGCUCGGGGGACCCAGGCCGCCAGCUCACCGGAGCAGAGAGGGCCUCCACGGCCACCGCAGAGGAGACGGACAUCGACGCAGUGGAUGUCCCACUCCCGGGGAAUGACAUCCUGGAAUUCAGCCGCGGUGUAACUGAUCUGGAUGCUGUAGGGAAGGAAGGAAUCUCCCACACGGGCUCCAAGGGCCCCCCGCAGCCCCAGGAGCCCGAGCUCACAGCCUCGCCCAGGACACUGCUUCCUUCUUCCACCUCAAAGCCCCCAGGCUUGGGCACGGGGACGCCGCUGUCCACACACCACCAGAUGCAGCUCCUCCAGCAGCUCCUCCAGCAGCAGCAGCAGCAGACGCAAGUGGCUGUGGCCCAGGUUCACUUGCUGAAGGACCAGUUGGCUGCUGAGGCUGCGGCGCGGCUGGAGGCCCAGGCUCGCGUGCACCAGCUUCUGCUGCAGAACAAGGACAUGCUCCAGCACAUCUCCCUGCUGGUCAAGCAGGUGCAGGAGCUGGAAUUGAAGCUGUCAGGACAGAAUGCCAUGGGCUCCCAGGACAGUUUGCUGGAGAUCACGUUCCGUUCCGGAGCCCUGCCGGUGCUCUGUGACCCGACGACCCCUAAGCCCGAGGACCUGCACUCGCCGCCCCUGGGCGCGGGCUUGGCUGACUUUGCGCACCCGGCGGGCAGCCCCUUAGUUGACCACAGCAUGUUUGAGAACUUGAAUGCAGCCCUCACUCCGAAGCUCCAGGCCAGCCGCUCCGUCCCACACUUGUCCAGGCCUGCAGCCCCCGGCCCCGCAGAGGCUGGCGGGCCAGGACUCUGGGUGGGUAGCAGCCAGCACCUCAGGAACCUGGGCAAAGCCAUGGGGGCCAAAGUAAAUGACUUCCUGCGGAGAAAGGAGCCCUCAGGCCUGGGCAGUGUGGGCGUGAUGGAGAUCAACAAGACAGCAGGGGCUCAGCUGGCCAGUGGGGCAGACGAGGCCUCAGGGGCCUGGCUAGAGGACGAGAGGUCAGUGCUGCAAGAAGCAUUCCCCCGGCUGGAUCCUCCCCCUCCCAUCACCAGAAAGCGAACCCCUCGGGCCCUGAAGACCACCCAGGACAUGCUGAUUUCAUCCCAGCCUGUCCUAAGCAGUCUGGAGUAUGGGACAGAGCUGCCACCUGGGCAGCCCCAGGACUCCCCUCCUGCUGCCCAGCCGGUCCUGGCAGACGCUUCACAGCCAGAGGCCACUAUGGGAAUGGGAGAGCAGAGCGAGGCUGUGCCCAAUGGAGAGGUUUCCCUGUCAGUACCUGACCUGAUCCAUAAGGACAGCCAGGAGGAAGCCAAGCUAAAGACGACUGAGCACAGAAGGGCUUCCUCCCCCGGCUUCAUCGAGAGGAACGGCCUCAAACUCAGCUUGAGCCCAGGCAACCUGGCUGAGUCCUGGGAGGACAGCAGCUCCUGUCCCCGGGCACGGACCUCCAGCCCUGACAAUGAGGGCCCUCACCCAGACUUGCUGUCCUUCGAGUAGAGCUCUUCUCUCCCCAGCCUGGCACCAUCCUGCUCCUGCCUCUGCCUUCUCCUCCCCUGUGCACGCUGGCCCUUGCCCUAGCUCCUCGAUGCCCUUGGUCUUCCUCAUACAAGACACCAGCAGAGGACCUGUCCUCCCACGGGUGGGAAAGUCCUAGUUGGAGAGUCUGUGUGCAGAAUGGCAAAAGGACUUGGUGCUAUCCUGAGCCUGAUUUUCCAUCAGCUCUUCUGGGCCUGGGCUAGAGCACUUCCACCCCUGAGCUUGUCCUACCUUCCCCCUGGAUUGCUCACUACUUCCUGCUCCUUGGCUUCCCUCUCCCCUCCAUGCCUUGGUUUCUUCCCUGUCUUUCCUGAUGGGCCCAGAGGCCCCUGCCUCAAGGGGGAACAAGGCUGGACAAGGAAUGAUGGGUUUGGCUUGAUGGUGGGCCCUUGCCCAGAAAGCCACACAUCCUGACCACAGCCCAGCCGUGGCUCCUCCUGGUCCCAAGACAAUGCUGGCCCCUGGUUGCCAUCUUUCCUCUGCCCUGGAGUGGGGCCCAGACAGGAUGCUUCCCAAACCUAAGAUCUUGAGUGUUCACACAGGGUUUGAACCCUGUCACCCAGGGUUCCCGAGGUUUUUCCCCAUCUGUCAGAGGUUGAAUACAAAAUAAGUCCCUCCUGCCUGUCUGGGAGUGGCACCUGGGAGAAUGUUGUGACCAGCUCCGUGCACAGAGGGAAUGAGGCUACCUUGGCCAUGUAUGUAAAGAUGCAGCCAGGGACAUUCUGAUUUUGCCUUGGGGGGUGGCGGGCUCAGAAACUCAGAGGUGGUUUUGACAGUCAGGGUUGGUCCUAAGAAAACCUGGAGCAGAGCAGUGGAGAAGGGUGUGAAGGUAGGACGGAGCUGUGACUGGGGAUCGGAGCAGUUUCGACUGCAGUGGUGCAGGUCUGGGCCUGGGUGCAAUAAGUGCGUGAGCUGGGGACGUCUGUGCAAGAUUGGAGUGUGAUGAGGACUAUGAGGCCAUGAAGUUUUUAUUAAGUGAGGGCACCUUGUGCUGAAGGCGCCGGCCUCCCUGGAACAGGCCAGAGGCAGUCAUCCUCCUGUGAUUCCUGUGGCCUCCCCUUUUCUGUUCGUUGUUUGGCUUCCCACCCUUGAACUCUUCUGUGAUGCCCACGGCUCACACCCCAGUUCAUCUCAUCAUCAAGCCCCCCGGCUCUCUCCCCACGGCCUCUGCUGCACGGAUCAUCCACACUAAGAAGUAGGGGCCUCAGCGGUGCCCUGGGAUAUGGGCACCUUCCUUCACCCUUGUUCCUAAAUCCAUGCCACCUUGCCACACAGCCUCCCAUGCCUGCCCCCCACUCUGUCUCCCACUGCCCCCCAAAGCAAGGCUUUCUCAUAUGCUUACUGCAAAGCUGGGUCUCCCGUCACUCCCCACCUGCAUCCCUAGCGGAGUGAGUGGGGCCUUACACAUGGAUCCUGCCUUACUCCCAGGAUGUGAAAUCUGACCCUGAUGGCAGAAAAUCUCAGAACUAGCAUUUCGGGUCCUGUGAGUUUUCCCAGAAUCCUUGGAGUAUCAUGUAAAACACACAGUAGGGCAUGGGGGUGAGUCUCCAAACACACAUCUUGGGAGCAAGCCAGUUUCAUCUGAGCUCUCCCUACCAGAAGCAGAGUUUGCUCCUCAGACAGGAAACAUAGCAGGCACCUACCAUGGGGCUGCUGCUCCUCCAGAGACCCGGGUGGCUCUGUCCAGAUGAUAGCAGAGCUAUAGGUAUGGAUGUUGCAGGUCCCAGCUUGCUGCUGGUACCUGUAGCCAGGCUGCUGCUGGAGGCUGGGUCCUCAGUUCCAGGAUUAGGAAAGGGAUCCCACCGGGUAGUCCAAGGACCAUUGCCCAGGUGACCCCAGGGUUCUUCUGACUUGUCUCUGAUGCCGAAUGAGGUGCCCCAGCACCCCACUCCAGCCAUCCUCCAGCUGCAGGGGUGAAUGCUGCUCCUCUGACAUCUGAGGAGGCUGACAUCUGGCCUUAGGUGCUAAAGGUCCUGCCUAGUACUAGGGGCUAAGCACUGCCCAAAGCCCAGCAAGAACAGCUCCUUCCUGUUACUCCUGCUGAGGGCCUUGGCCCAAACCAGCUCUUCCAUGUAAUGCCCCACCUGGUUUCCAGGUCCAUCUCAACAGUCCAGCCUUCCUGUGGUUGCUGCAUGGCAGCCACACCCCAUAGACCCUCCUAGUGAGUCCAACUUCACUGGGAGCUUGGCCUUGACACAGCCUGGACCCUGAGAGGGCAGGGUAGUGAGGAGGAGGAGGAGGAGAAGGAAGGCAGGGGCGUGUCUUCUAGAAGGAUAUUGGAACCACAGAGUCACUUGUUCCCCAUUAAUCCCUGACCCCUUCAGCAUGCUCUUUAUCCUUAUAAGGUGAGCUUCCAGAAUUCUUGCAUAAAAGGAGAUGUCUCUAUGAGCGUCACGUAUGUGGGUGAUAUGGAAGACACGUGUAUGUAAUCCGUCAACUUUUAAAGAACAAGAAAGUUGGCCCCAGUUUAGAGGAAGAGGAGGAAGAUUACAGACCUAUCCUGAGUAUUAUUUAGAGAGUUAAUAUUUAUAUUUUUAGCAAUAUUCUGGUAGAAGGAAAUUGCACAAUAAAAUGAUUUGGUUUGG